CGAAUAAAGUUAAAUGACAGAGUUAUUGACUAUAGAUAUCAUGUGUGUAUGUAUAUUUCCCCUUCCACAAGAAACUAUCGUAUAGCAGUAAGAAAGAAGUCGAGUUUUUUACAUCACAAUCUAGUCGUUUUAAACAUAAAGUUGCACAGAAAAAAGAUCGUUAAAAGUUGAAUUAAACACAAUGGUUGACCUACUUCAUCAACUUUCCUCAGAAAAUGAGCAAGUAUUUUCUCAAGCUUUGCAAAAGUUUGUCAAUGACUAUGCUGAUACAAUGAAAUUAGAUUUUCUUAAUGAGAAUGAUCUUAGAACAAAAAUAUGGGAUGCUCUAUUUAUUCAUUUACUAAAUAAAGAUCAGGAAUUCCAUAUAACUACUUGCUUACGUGCAUUAAGAAUCUUAAGUCGAGACAAAACAGAUAUGAAUAAAAUAAUUACCAAUGAUCGUUUAAAAAGGAUUCUAUAUUUAUCUGGUCUGGAUGAAAAAUGUGAUGAAUACAUUUAUAAUGAUGUUACACAAGAAGCUCAGAAAUUGUUGUGCAAUAUUCUAUUUAAUUGUCCUGACACACUCAACAUGCUGCGUGAAACAAAAUGUUUAGAUGUUGUGUUUGAUAGAAUAAAAAAAUACAAUAAAAAUGUGAGCCACGAAACAAAAUUAUUUGAUAUGAGGAUAGUAUUUCUAGCAACUGCUAUAAAUCAUGACUUUAGAGAUUAUGUUCAAGAUCAGUUAAGAGGAGAUCGGCUAUUGAUUGAAGUCAUAGAUAAUAUUUCAGCCGAAACUAAUGAAUUCAAAACAAUCAAGAUGGAGGACGAAAAGUUGAUCUGUGAAACUUUAAAAGUGCUCUUUAAUCUUUUCAUGCAGUCACAAUUUAAUGAUGAAGAUUCAGAUAUGCAUUUUCAAAUGGUUAUGUGCCUAAGAAAGUUACUCACAAGCAAUAAAGGAAGUUCUGACGAUUUGGAUAGCAAUAUUGUAAACUUGCUACUCAUAAUUCCACACAAAUUCUAUUCUAAAUUGAUUUCAAUCAAUUCAGAUACUCAGCAAAAUGCCAUUUUUGUACAUGAUGCCGAUAUGACUAUUGUACAGUUGUUAAUAGAUUUUCUACAUAUUAAAUUGAAUAUUGAAACUAAUUUGGCUGAAAAUUUAUCACCAAUAUUGUCCCUUUUUAUAAAAUUUUGUAAGGCAGAACGAUUAGUUCGUAAGUAUGUAAGAAUCCAGAUUCUUCCUCCUUUGAAAGAUGUCAAAAAUAGACCGGAAGAAGGUCCAACUAUCAGAAACAAAUUAUGUAAAUUACUUACCUCUCCAGUUACUAAUGUCAAGGACUUAGCUGCUGAAUUUCUGUUUGUUCUUUGUAAAGAAAAAGUCGGUCGAAUGAUAAAAUAUACAGGCUACGGAAAUGCAGCUGGUAUGUUUGCUAACAAAGGAUUACUAGGUUCCGAUAAGAUGACAGUUAACUAUUCUUCAGAAUCAGAAAAUAGUGACACUGAAGAAUAUGAACAAAUGAAAGAUCAGAUCAAUCCAGUACUAGGAUGCUACGAGAAACCAAAGCCUAAUCCUUUAGAAAAUAUGACAGAUGAACAAAAAGAGUAUGAAGCCAUGAAAUUAGUUUCUCUUGUUGAUCAAUUACAGAGAGGAGGCGUGAUACAACCGUGCCGCAUCGGAGAAGAUGGUAAACCUGUACCCAUUGAACAUGUUUUGGAAUUGAAAAAAGAGUUACCCAAGCAACAAAUUAAUAGCAUUCACAAUAAUUCCGAUUCUGAAUGAUUUUAGCAGUAAUUUUGAAAAGUGUUAUUAUUUCAAUUUUUUUGACCAAAAGUACU